CAAGACUAUGCCAUCCACCCUCUCACGAACUGACCAAUCAAUCUCCAUGAUCAUCACUAGGAAGUCCUCCUACCGCUAAGCGUCAGCCCAAGAUACACAGCCUGGGUGACAUUUAAAAGCACAUUCUUCUUCUUCCUUCAACACAGCAUCCAACACCAGCAGCCAACAUGCCCAAAGACUGGGAAUACAUGUCCGACGUCGACGCCUGGGCCCGCGACGGGCUCAUGACACCCGACAUCAUCCUCGAGCGCCUCACCGACUGCAUGCGCGGCGACUGCGACAGCAUUAGCAUAAGCGAUAUCAUAAUGCACCACUUCAACCGCUACGCCGACACCACCACCGAACCGAACAUCCUCCCGCAGUCGGCCCUCCCAGUGUUCUUCGCAGUCUCAGACUCCCCACUCACACUCUUCCCCGACGUCACCCCAAUCCUGUACCGCAGCCUAUUGUACGCCGCGGGGAUCCCCUUCCACAACUUCCUACUAGGCCCGCCGGACGCGCCUCCCCCCCAGCUAACACUAGCGCAGUUCCGGCGCGCACUGGGCUGGCUUCUCCCAAAUGGCAAGUACCUGGUGUACCCCAUGGGCAGCCGCUACCGGGCGCGCACGCCAGCCGACGAGCGACGGGUUCUCUUCCAGAGUCUAGCGCGGGGGACGGACGGGAAGAGGCUGCCCCACGACGAGGACGGGGCCCGGCGGCGCGCGACGCAGCGCGCCUUCGAACUCCCCUGGUGGCGCAAGAGCGAGCUGUACUAUGCGGAGUGUAACCGCGACGACGAGGGCGACGAGAUGUUCCACCAUCUGCUCGAGGUCCUCGGCUUCUGUAUGCCCUGGGAUUGGGACGACUAUGUCCCUUUUGCGCAGCCCGUUAUGGAGAAGUUCGUCCCGUUGGCGCAUGAGCUGCAUGGGGAUGAGGUGCGGCUGCACCAUUUGAGUAUUGAUCGUGCGGAUUUUCGAGCGCUGGCGCGGUGGUUGGUCUUUUCGCACGUGAAGCUGGCAGGUAUCAGGGAGGAGGAGCGACUGGGUGGGCUCGAUGAGGUGGCGGAGUGUGUCGUGCGGACGUUCUGUCGCGAUGCGAGGGCUGGCGUGACGUAUGAGAUGUUCGAGGACGGUUGCGCGAUGCUUCCUACCGUUUUCUACGCCUUGGACCGCGUUCUGUUGGACGUGGUGGCGGACUCCCAUGAUCACGAUUUUCCGCGGCGGGUCGUUCCCCAUUUUGGACGCAUCUUGACGGCCCCGAUGUUCGGCUUGCUGACUAUGAUGCUCUUGCGCGACAUGUAUUUCGGCCGCUUCACCCUGCGCGACGAGUAUAGCUGGGAUGUCAACCAGAUGGAGGGCCUGGAUGCCACCGGCUUAGAGCGCAUGAUACGGCAGGAACCCCGUCAGGGCGUUUUCCUCGUGUCCGGGACGGAUCCGUUAACGGGCGACAAGGUCGUGUUUGGGGCGUUUGUGCUUGACCCUGUUGAGGAUGGUAGAGCGAUCACUCCGGCGCAGGAACCGUACGGCAAUGAGCCCGUGGAGAAAAAUACUCUGCUGUUUCAGUUGUCGCCUGUGGCCCGGCGGUUUGACGGGAUUGUGGGCCGUCCGGGUUGGAACAUCCGUGACGAGGAUUUGGUAUUUGGGGAGCCGGGGCAUGGCGCUGCACUGGUGCUUGACGAGUGUCUUUCAAUGGGGGUAUUUACACAGGACGUGGGGGACGACGAUCAGGAGGUUUAUCGGACUGUGCCGUGGGGCCCGAGGCAGGUGACGUGGGAUGUCGAAAGCAUUGAGAUAUGGGUCGAUCGAGACGGCCAUGACCCUGAGGAUCUUGACGAUCUGGAGUAAGGUGUUGAUGUGAGGCCCAAGGGUGUCGUUCUAUGAGUCGUAAUACCUGCAGCAUGUAGUUUCUAUCGAAAAUACCUGAUGGUAUCAUGCGUAUCCCUUCAUUGCAAAAGCGCGAUCCCUGGCCGAGUCGACUUAUAUACACUGAACGAAGCCAGUCAUUUGAAAUAGCUAGAACAUCCGUA